ACUAUACAAUUGACAACUAAAAACAAAAAGUAUUUUCAACAUUUUCAAAAAAAAGUCCAUGUAAAGCGCACUGCUAGCUCCUGUCCCUGCUGCCAUUUUGCCAUUCACUGCGAAUCGACUGCUUUAACAGCAACGUAUUUCAAGUGAGUUGGCGUGUCUGCAACUCCGCAGUGUAACGUGCCAAACCACCUGUAAAAGCAAAAUAAUUGGCUUCAUUUAUGGACUUUUCCCUAUUUUCCAUAAGCCACAAGUAACCGAAUCAAGCGGCUAUACAAUUGGCUGUAUAAGUGCUAAUUUUGUGACACAUUUUGCUGCAGCUGCGCGCAGACAACAUUUCGAUUCAGACAACGGGAAUUGUUGGUGAGAGCUGAAUCGAAAAUGGCGGAAAUGGACAAACAACUGGAGGGCACUGUGGAUGCUUGUGCACGCAAGGAUUACCUGCUAGAGCGGUUGAAUAAACGGAACAAAGAUCGUCAAAACUAUCUGGAUGUUAAGCUGGAGCAACGCAGCAAAGAGUCCGCAUUGAACGAGGGCGUCGAUUACUUUGCUCAAGCGUUUGGGGAGCGGGCUUGCGAGAUCGAGCAAAGGAUUAGCACAUUGCAGCUGGACAGUGGAGAUGCACCGUUGCCCGAUCUCAGCAAACUGUUUGGAGACAUCACUCUACAAAUACAAGAGCUGCAGAAUUAUUUAACAGCCUCGACGAUGUUUCUAUCGGAUUUCAAGAUCAAAUCCUGUCAGAAUGCUCUAAAUGCGUUGACCAGCGCCUGUGAUGAAGCGCGUCAACGUUUGAUGCCCAAGAAGAAAUUUGGUUUUAGUGGCAAGAAGACGUUGGUUAAACAGAAGUUGCCGCCCGCUCUGAGCAAGGUAGACGGGACUCCAAAGACAGCCCCAUGCAGUUCCUUUACCUGGACCAUAGCCAAUCGUAGCAAUGCCCACAUUGUUUUAAGUGCUGAGCAGGUAAAUGGAAAGGAUAUUACUAUAUCCAAUUUGCACAAAUGCUUGGUGGAACUGCAAGGACAUGCAGGCUCUGUGCAGAUCUCGAAUGCAAAUCAAUGUACGCUCCUCUGUGGCCCCGUUUCGCGUUCCUUCUUUGCGGAGCAAUUGAACCGCUGCACCGUGGCCAUAGCCUGCCAGCAGCUGCGCUUGCAUUCAUCCCAGUCGACCAGGAUCUAUUUGCACGUCACCUGCAGAGCCAUCAUUGAAGAUUGCCGGCAAAUCGAAAUAGAUGUCUACAAUUAUGAUUAUGCCGAGUUGGAGUCUGACUAUGAGCAAUCGGGACUAAAUAAGUCUCAGAAUAACUACACAGAUGUGGCCGACUUUAAUUGGCUGUCGCCCGAUGUCCAUUCGCCCAACUGGCAGCUGCUCAAGGAUCAUGCAGCGCCCAACUGGAGUGCAGUUCGCCGCGACUUUCUCAACCGAAUCAGCAGCGAGGCUGAUGUCAAGGAUGACGCCAGCAUUAUAUAGUGCUGGCAUCGGCGCAGGCGACUCUUUCUCUUGCUCGUCACGCUACUCGCCUACGCCUUUCCAUUGGGCUGGCUGCUCAUGGAGCUGCUAUUGCCUCUGCCCAGCAAUCUAAACUGUACUAUGUAAACUAGCUCUUAAGCCCCACACAAAUAAAUAAUCCCAAGUUAAUGUUGAUAUAUAUA